AAAGAUGUCGCACGAAACACGGUAUGUCUGAGAGAUACGUGAAAGAUAUUUUAGAAAAGUUGGAAGAAAUCGAGAAACUGCACUCGAAACUUCGGACCUUGGUGCCUCGAGUGAGAAAUCAAGAAACUCAAAAUAAUGUUUCAACCAGUGCUAAUCUCACGGAAUGUAAGAACGAAAUUAUAGAUGAAAAGAAUUCGAAACCAGAAGCGUUUAGAAAUCUUCGUAAACCUUCUAAAGCGAACGUCAGAAAAUUGUUUACGUUUGGUCGCGACGGGAACUCCACGAAAAAUCCAAAAGACAAUAAAUGGAGAAGAGUGAAGAGCAACUCGGUGGAUUUCGCUAGGAAACAUUGGCACGACAAGAAAGAUAAAAUCAAGAACUUAUUGUCCACCAUUAUUGAACGCGAUAUCAUACUAGUGAACCGAGCCGCUCAGACGUCAGGCAACGAAUUCGUCACGAAUCCGCACAUAAACGAGGAGAAAACAGAAUUUGCAUCAAAGUCUGACCAACCUAAAAAGAGAAAACGCUCCGUGCAAGAUCAAUUAGAGCGAUUACUAGAGCAUUUUAAUUACUCUCGCGAUGCUGAUGUUGCAAACGAAAACAGAGUAUCGACGCAUCGUCAUAGUUUAGGCAAGGAUGACCCACGGAGGGCAGAAAAACUUUUAUCGUUUCCGGAUGAGGAGAGUGAGACACUGAGGAUCGUUUCAUCCGCUGAGAGAGUUUCUAUUAGCAACAACAAGAAGAUCUCAUAAAUUUUUGUACUAUAUCGAUAACUCAGUGCAUAACCAUGUUAAGAACAAAUACUCUUUAUAAUAUACAGAAAUUUAAUAUCUACUUUAUUAUUUUUAGUAGAUUUAUAAAUUUGCUUCUUAUUA